AUGAUCUCGGUCCACCCCAAUCCUGUCCACGACAGCCACCGUCUCUUCAUGGACACCAAGGACCCAGCAAACCCCGUCAUGGCGGAGCAUCCUGCACCCGUCGCCGCCCAUUCCGCCGCUGCGCCGAGCGCCAGCGCGAGUGGCGUGACCAAGAAGAAGUUCGCCGCGCCCCCGGUCAAAUCGGCCUGCCUGGCUUGCCGCCGAGGCGGACCUCGUUGCCGCAAGAAGCCCCGGCCCGGCCGCAGCGAUGAGCCCAAGCAGCUGCCCGACGAUGUCUUUGCGUUGCUCUCGCAAGAGCCCGCCGACGUGCCCCGUGAUCCCAUAUCGAUCCGAAAUUACAUAGACCCGGGUGCCGGGCUCAAGCACCUCGAGGACUGGGUCCAAGAUAGCGAUCUCAUCUUUGACAGCCUUUUCAUGAACAGCACAGGUCCCGCGUUAGGGAACGGGUUCAACUCCGAUGUCUCCGGCACAGGCACGCCAGCACAUGUGGUGCCCAUGGUCAGAUCAUAUCAGAGCGAUGCCGCCAUACUUGACGCGUACUACGUCUUCAUACAUCCAUUCCUCCCCAUCCUGCCUGCCCCAGAUCAUAUCCCCGUGGACCGGCCCAUCCCGCGCCUGCAGAACCAGAUCGACGUCUUCGAGGAGGGCUUCGAGCCCACCUCGCCCAUCAGCCUGGCCAUCUCAGCCAUACUGGCCCUGAUCCCAUGCCCAGAGGACGCCAACCACGCCUCGCGUGACUCGCAGCUCUUCCGGCGCAAGUACGCGCAGUAUUUCGCCCAGACGGCCUUCGAGACGAUGGAAAACGACGAGGAGAUCCCAGACAGCGCCAUCGACCCGUCGCGGCCGCUGAGCGAGGACCACAACCACGCCUUCCGCAGCCCCUUCCACUCGCGCGUGCCAGUUGAGCUCGAGGGCAUCGUUGCCCUGGAUAUCCUGAGCGUGUACGAGUACGCCCAGCGAGGGAACAUCAAGAAGAUGCAGAACCGGGCCGGCCAGGCGCUUAUGGCCGCCAUGGAUAUGUCGCUUCACUCGUGUGCUACUGAGGAUGAGUACUCCGAGGCGAGGAGGAGGAUUUGGUGGAUGACCUACAUCUGUGUAGCGCAAGGCGCAAUUACUUCUAACGUCAUUCAGAAGCCGAGUUUUGCGUCCUUCUCACCGAGUUACACGGCCAAGUUCCCAACAUUCGCUGCGGACCCAGAGGCAUUUGCUGUCUACAUCCAGGCACAGCGGGCCAUCAUGGCAGCAACGCAAUUCGUAAUCGAACUAAAUAAGGCGGUGCGCGACAACGCGGACAUGAACCCGAUCUAUGAGCGGAUGAAGGAGCUCGAAGCGCUGCUGGAGCCGCUCCUGUCGCACAGUGAGACGUGGCUGCUGACGUCGACGACGAACUCGCCCGUGGCGCCGGGAGAGGCGGUGGUGGCUCGGUCACUGCGGUGCAUGGCCAGCAUCAAGCUAAACAGCGCACGCAUCAAGUUGCACCGGUACUGCGCCUUCUUCGAUAUCCCAGUCUUCUCGCGCAAGCACUGCGAUCUCAAGUCACUACACGACGCCGACAACAACCCAGGAGGCGGCGACGAGCCCCGCCGCUGGCCCACAUGCAGCUGCAGCUCGUUCACGAACCCCUUCACCAGCAUAUCCGCCACGCCCGGGAGCAGCACCGGCGGCGGCGGGGGGGCCUCGUCGUCGAUCCGGUCGCCCUCAUCGGACGGCGCCGGGCCCAUGCAGACAAAUUUCCCCGUGGCGGCGGCGGCGCCGUUUGGGCAGGCUCAGGCGACAAUGGUGACGGCGCAACAACAACAACAACUUCAGCAUCAGCAGCAGGUGGCCAGCUUCCCAUUCAGCAGCCACCAGAGCGCCAAGAUCUGCCUCAAGUCUGCGCUGAACAUUGCGCACAGCUUCGACGAGCUACCAUUCCCGAACCCGACAGGCGUGGCACCACAUGCGCAACAAUCGCUAGCACAACAUCCACAGGGAGGAGCAGGCGUCGUAGGAGUAGGACCAGGAGGGGUAGCGGGUGGAUCCGCUGCGUGCUUCCUCUCGCCAACAAGCGGGACAGUGUGUCCGCGGACGAUGCCGUCGUUCGCGUGCUGCGCGAUGCAGUGCGCGUACGCGCUGUUGAUGGUGCACCAGAAGACCAAAAGCAUGUACCCGUACAGCGCUGAGGUGGCGAGCAUCGCAGGCGGCGCGGGCGGUGGCGCCGUGCCCAACAGCAACAACGGCCACAACGGGGGCGGUGUCAUUGAUAGCAAUGGCAGUGGCAAUGGCGCUGGCGCGCCUCGACCCCUCGUGGUCAACAGCCUGCUGGUCAGGCUCCAGCAGGGCCUGACCAGCAUCUAUGCGACGCUCUCUAAUUAUUCUACCGCGUUUGAAGCCUUGGGCGGGAUGAGAGACCAAAUUCGAAGUGCUAUUGAGGAGUCGCAAGCGUUUACGGUUGCCAUGUAA